AUGGCGCCUAUCCCACCCUCUGUACUCAAAACUGCCACCGUCCUCGUGGCACGAGAACUUUACACCGAGAGACUCACUGAGGGAGAGCGAGCUGCAUUUAUCUGCUUGAUCAUCCUCCUGUCUCUCACAGCCAUAUGGGCGUUCUACCACGUUCUCUCCUGUACGGCAUCGAGAAUAUACAGGUUUAUGGACCGCAUUUUUCGAGAAAUAGUUCGGUUCCUCAAGCUCAUUCGGGGGUGCUGCUUCCUCUUCUACGCGUACCUGCUCUCUAUCGCUCAGAAGGCCAAGGCGAAGAUGAAUGGCACUGCUACGGCCGGUGGUGUUCCUAGCCCUGGCUCCAGCGUGACCACUCUGCUUCCGUCGGAGUCUCCUUUUAAGGCCCCGGCUCGUGUUAAGGUCCCGGCGCCUACUUAUUCGCGUGGCAGAUUUGCUACUCGCACAAACUUCUAUCCCAAAAGCCUUUAG